AUGGGACUUAUCGCUGAUGCAAAACGGGCUAUGCAAGAUGCCCCCAAAGAAGUUUUCAAUGCUUAUGUCUUGAUGUGUACAUGUUUCUUCGCUCUUUCUGGCGUGUCGAAAGGGUUUGAUGAAGGAAACAUUGCCUCAAUCGUUACGCAAGCCCAUUUUAAGACCCGAUUUGGUGUCGAUACACAGUUGGAGGAUGAGUAUGCCAAUACAAAGGGGUGGUUAGUAUCUAUAGCCACGGCUGGGGCGGUUUUUGGGUGUCUUGGGUGCUCCCCCAUCAACGAUCGAUAUGGUCGACGCUGGACGCUGCGCAUUGCUACAGUCAUCUAUAUUGCUGGCGUUUUGGGCCAAGGGCUUUGCGGUGGAAGCCUUUCCGGUCUGUAUGCAUCCAGAUUCAUUGCAGGUUUGGGAAUUGGACCGUUGUCAAUUGUUCCUCCGGUCUAUAUUACUGAGAUCUCGCCCAAGGCUAUUCGCGGUCUUCUUACAGUUCUCUUUGCGGCGUGCCAGCAGCUCGGUGUAGUGCUGGGCUUUUUCAUCAACUACGGAGUGACCAAACAGUAUCCGGGCGUUGAUGAGCAAUGGAUGCUCCCUACUCUCCUUCAGAUUGUCCCAGCUGUGGUCUGGGGACUCGGAACUUUCUUAUGCUCGGAGUCCCCGCGAUGGCUUCUUUACAAGGGCCAUCGAGAACAAGCAGCACAGACCAUGUCCAAGCUUCGCCGCUUGCCUCGCGAUCAUUCCGUGAUCUUGUCCGAACUAGCUGGUAUGGAUGCUCAGAUAUUGCAUGAAACAGAAGCAGUCAGUAAUGCGACCGUAUGGGACCUACUGAAGGAGACUUUUGUCCCCGUCGAGAACCGCCGUCGCUUCUUCUUGAUCUUUAUGGCCACGCUUUUCUCUCAAUUUUCUGGCGCCAACGCCAUCACGCAAUAUUCGCCUACAAUCUUCGGAUACCUAGGUAUCGACGGUGAUGAAGCCAAAUUUCUGGCAACUGGAAUAUAUGGGGUGGUCAAGUUCGUGAGCACGGUGUGCUUUGCGUUGUUCAUUGUUGACUUUAUCGGACGACGGCGAUCUUUGAUCACCGGAAUUUGCCUCCAACUGAUCACCUUGAUAUUUGUGGGCGCAUACCUCGGGGUCACUCGCCAUCUCUCAGCCGAUGAGAUAGGUGCGACUCCCAGCGCCUCUCGUGCGUCUACUGCCGCUAUCGUCGCGAUCUUCCUCCACGCGGUGGCCUGGAGUAUUGGUUGGUUCAGUAUCCCUUACCUGGUCGGUUCAGAGAUAUUCCCCAUUCGAAUUCGGUCGUUGAACAUGUCCAUUUCCAUGGCGUUUCAUUGGGCAUUCUACUUUGCAUGCUCGCGUGCCAUGCCGAGUCUUCUCGCCGCUACACAGAAAUGGGGAGCCUUUGUGUUUUUUGGCUGUAUCUGUUUGACAUCGUUGGUUUAUGUCUUCUUUGCCAUGCCGGACACUACAGGAAGAUCCCUCGAGGAGUUGGAUAGCCUCUUCCAGCGACCGUGGUACACCGUUUACCAGGUGGCUUACCCAUCACGCGAGGAGAUUCAAGGAGAGAGAGCGGAGGACAAGUUGUCGGCCGAUGGAACGUCUAAGCACAUUGAACAGGCUUAG